CUUUCCCCAUUGACUCUGGACCCUGAUACUGCACAUCCCUACCUCAUCCUGUCUGAUGACGGGAAACAAGUGAGACGUGGAGACACAGGCCAGGGUCUAACUGACAACCCAAAGAGGUUUGAUUAUGAAUCCUAUGUCCUGGGUAAGGAGGGCUUCUCAGGGAGUUUCUAUUAUGAGGUUCAGGUGAAGGGGAAGAACAGAUGGACUUUGGGGGUGGCCAGAGAGUCAGUCAACAGGAAGGGGGAGAUUAUAGAGAGACCUGAGUUUGGGUUCUGGACUGUGGGACUGAGACAUGGGUUUCAUAAGGCUCUCACUUAUCCCACUCUCCCCCUCUCCCUGAGAGAGAAGCCCCAGAAGGUGGGGGUUUAUGUGGAUUAUGAGGUGGGACAGGUCUCCUUCUUCAAUGUGGAAGCCAGGUGUCACAUCUACUCUUUUACUGGUCAAACCUUCACUGAGAAUCUCUAUCCAGUCUUUAGCCCUGGUGUCAGUUAUGAUUCUUUAAACUCAGCUCCAUUGGUAAUUUGUCCUGUAAAUCCCCACACCCAGGUCUGUGGACAGCCAGAGGUCUAUGAGGAAAUACCUGUCAGUCCUGAAUAA